CCACUGCUUCCGUCCUUCAUACCUCAGGUACAUGUACCUCAUAUCAGAGUUAUACACUAUCCACGGUCUGCCCAUGGAGCAUAUUGGACAGGCCGAAGCGAGAGGCAGUGUAAUCACAAUACUGCAAGGAAAAUUGAGUCUUUGUACCCCUACCCACAUCUCACCAACAGAGGCCUGCUUAUUGACUCGACAGACUCUGUGUGACCGUGUCAGCGAGAAACCGGGUACACUGCAUGUAUUUCAGCAACAUGACGGCGUGCCACAAUCUCGAUUGCAGCGCGGAGCAGGGCAAACGGCGACAUACCCUGCGGCGCUAGACUGAGCUCACCUACGAAUGUGGUCAAUGGACGAAGGCUGCACACAUUGCAAGCGCGGACUAAGGUACAUGACAUGUAUUUGAUGAAGGAGCAGGUCGUGGGUUGACCUGAGGUACAACUUCCAACCGCUUGAAAGGUUCCCCACAAUAACAACAACAGCAAGCCUGCCUCCUCACUCGGUUCGUCUCGCAAGCCGAACGGGCCCUGGCUAGGCGGUAUUGCUGGGGAGUCGGGACUGGAUCUCUUCAUUCUCUUCCUCACAUCCAGCCCUGCCACUGAAUCUUGCUGCCACGCUGCCUCAUUUGUGCGUCGGGCCUCGAUGCACAGAUAAGCCCCCAUGCUUCCGUGCAACUCCCGCUUCAGUGCACUCUCCGACUGCUCUGGGCAUGCCUAUCGCCCACACUGUAGGAGUACAGCCGACUGCUCUUGUUAUAGUAAAACCAACCACCAGGUCCGCGAUCUGUACCGCUUCCACGCCUCAAGGCUUGCGGCCCGCAUUCGCCAGGCUAGAGUCAUCGAGCACUAGUACGCUUGACCAUACUAUGCUUGCUUGCUCGGCCCUGACUCCUCGCGCUGCUAUCUUCCACCCCAUAGCUCUGCGCUAGAUGAGUGACUUUCAAGGAGGUCCAGGCAUGAACGGGCCCGGAAUAUUACCGAACCAGAGCAGCAGUACAACAACAGUACAUAUAUGCUUCGCCAAUCCCGAUACCUCGCACCUAUCCCCGAACCAGAGCAGCAGUACAUCGUACAACAGUGCAUUUAUGCUUCGCCAACCCCGAUACCUCACACCUAUCCCCGAACCAGAGCAGCAGUACAUCGUAUAACAGUACAUUUAUGCUUCGCCAACCCCGAUACCUCGCACCUGUCCCCGGUGUUCUCGAAGGCUCGGAGCUGUCACCUUGCGAGGCUGGGAGCCGUACUUGAACCCUCUUAGAGAUUGAAUGUGCCACCCUUGACCAGCUAGAAGCCAAUUCAGAGAAUUCUGCUUCACAUGAAUGCCAUCCUCCGCACGGGUUUGCCCUCUAUGUUGGCAUUCCAGCGACCUGAACAGAUGUCUGAAGGCCCGAUAGAUGUGUGGCGACGCCAGUACGUUCACGAUCAAAUGUCACUUCAUCAGUGGCACCACAGCCAGGCUCUUCCAGUUGGCAAUAUCCACGACCCAGAAUUCAAGUACUUCCACUCGGAAUCUCGAGACUACGAUGAACACAUCCAUCAUGAAGGCGGCCCGCUAAUAUCGCCGCCGAUGAGCUAUGUACCAGAGACGAGUUGGGCAUCUGAUAUGGAUAUGGAAACACCAUCUACAGCUGGAUUUCCAACGAGCGAGCCGGUUGACAAUUAUCAUAAUAUGCGACAUAAUACCGCCCCGCAUCAUCUCAAUAUGCCACCACGGCACGAAAGAGUGCAGUCUAAUGCUCAGAGUCCCAGAAGUUCCUACGGUGAACCAAAUUCAGCCAAAGAGGACAGACCGAACUUAUUCCGGUCCAUCACAGCACCAGCAUCAUCAACAGACCACAGACCAAGAAGACUCCCCAACAACAAUGUCUCUGGAGGAGCACCUCUCAUCAAACGAACCGGUAGUGAGGACGAAGAAGACGAAUACGUUCCCAACGGAGGAGUGGUCAAGCCACGAGCCAGAAAACGCCAACGCAUUCCUCACACCGCGGUCGAGAGACGCUAUCGCGAGAAUCUAAAUGCACAUCUCGAUAAGCUCAGACAGACCGUGCCUGCUCUAGCAUCGAAGCCUGGUGAGGGGAUUGGAGAAGGAGUCAAGCCGAGCAAAUGCGAGAUCCUCAUCGGUGCCAUUGAGCAUAUCGGUGCUUUGGACAUCGAGAACUCUGGACUCAAGACCGAGGUUAGGGCUUUGCGGUCAAGAUUGGAAGAUCUGGAGAGAUGGUGCAAUUCCGGGACGUUAGUCAAGUGAU